UAUUCUCUCUCCGUGUCUCUCUCGUGCAUUGGCUGUCUGUCUGACAUCUUGACUUCAGUGAGUGGACUGACUGCUAAUGGUUGGCAUUUCCCCAUCACAGAGGAAAGGACGUGUACUGGGUUGAAAACCAUCAGUCUGUCGGUUGUCUUCUCUCAUCAGAGUGCUUCUAACCGGAGUGGUCACAGCUCUCUUCCUGUCGUCAUGUGGGACUCUGGUCUGGCAGUAACUCAAAGGUUCUGAAGCCUCCCCUCAGGCUGUCUGAAUGGACAUCUCCUGUGCCUGAGGGUUACUGAAGGAGACAGAAGUUCUUGACCCACUUUGGAGAACCAUUGUCGACAACACGCUGAGUCCCACAACUGACAGAACUUGGCUUUUCUCCAAUUCGAGCCAAUCAACACCUUUUUAGUGCAAUAAUUCAAAAGAAGACUUUGUAUUAGUCCAUCAGAGAGCUGAGAAGGAACUACUCCAGUUUGGACCUGAACAAAGAUAGAGAAACAGAUGGAUAAAACAAACUUCAACUUGACUUGCGUGACCAUCUCUAAUAGCCCUAUCAGUGACUUCCUGAUGGGCAUCUACAUCCUGGCCUUUAUCCUGGGCUUGGCCUUUAACCUAUUGACCCUUGGCCCCAUCGUCCAGCAGGUCCGCAGCCAGAACACCCUGGGGGUAUUCCUGCUCAACCUGUCCCUGUCUGACCUACUCUAUAUCUUUACCAUGCCUCUCUGGAUCAACUACUACCACCGGGACCACCACUGGAGCCUGGGCAGCCUCUCCUGCAGCGUGGCCGGCUUCUUCUACUACUCCAACAUGUACCUUAGCAUCUACCUGCUGUGCUGCAUCUCUGUGGACCGCUGCCUGGCCGUCACCUACCCCCUGAGGACCAAAGCCUUCCGCAGCGUGCGCUACGCCUGGGUGCUUUGUCUGGUCGUGUGCGUGACUGUCAUGUCCGGACACGGCCUGGUGCUGUUCAAGGACAACCUGCAGGACGCCCACGAUGACACGCAGGACCGCUGCUACGAGACCUACCCCAUGCCGCAGCCCGUGGCCCUGUUCAACCUGCUGCGGGUGGGCAUCGGCUUCCUGCUGCCCCUGCUGGUGCUGGGGCUGUGUUACUGGAGGAUCAUGGGCCAGGUGAAGCAGAGCGAGGGGCUGGGGGAGCAGGCUAAGAGGAAGGUACGGCUGCUGUCCUUCGGGGUGAUUGGGAUUUUCUCUGUGUGCUUCGCCCCCUACCACCUCCUCCUGCUGACCCGCUCCCUGGCCUACUACCACAUGGACGAAAAGAUGUACUGUCAGUUUGAGCAGAAAAUGCACUUCCCUUUCUCGUGCACGCUGGCCCUGUCCAGCCUGAACAGUGUGGUGGACCCAGUGCUGUAUGUGCUGGUCAGUAACGGGGUGAGGGAGGACAUGAGACUGUGCUUCUGUGGGAACAGACAGGGUCAGAGGGAGAGAGAAAGUCCCCUCUCCACUGAACCAUGGAACACACAUAUGAUCUGAUUACAUACUGAUUACAUACUGUGUGUUUGUGUGGAGGGUUGGGUAGGUUACUUUCUAAAUGUAAUCCAUUAGUUACUAGUUGCCUGUCCAAAAUUGUAAUUAGUAACGUAACUUUUGGAUUACCCAGAACUCACUCUGUUACUUUUGGAUUGCCUUCCCUUUAAGAGGCAUUAGAAGAAGACAAAAAAGGAUCCAUUCUAAGCAUUUGGUAUGUCAUCAUAGUGGUCUCUGACUCACCCAGGUGGAACAAACUGAUGCUUUUUCCAAUGCUGAAUUGAAUGUCAUUGAGAAAACAGAAUGUUGUCAUAAGGUGUCUGAAUUUAAAAGUAGUCUAAAUAAUCAUGUUGUCGGUAAUCUGACUAGAAUAUCUUUGCUGGUAACGUAACUGAAUACAGUUAGUUUUAUUGUAAUCAAAUGACGUGUAACUGUGAGCGUGUGUGUUGUAUUUACGCCCUUCGUCUAUUGCAAUAAAUCCCUUCCGUGCACAUUGUAAAAAGGACGGCAUGUUUGUUCUGUGUGACUUCAAUAACAUUAUUCUUUCAUAUCAACCCACUUCCAUGGACAAUCAGUCAAUCAGGUUGUCUUUUUAAAAUGUUCAAAGAAAAGCCAUUGUGAAGUUUUUCUGAACAUUCCGCUUGGUGAUGAGGAUGGGUAUUGUGUUUCUGAAUUGGAGCUUUCUAUUAAAACGCCUGUCCUCAUUGGUAAGGAAAAUCCUUUCAAAGUCUGUCUGUUCUGGCUUUAUGUUACAGGAUUGCUCCGCUUGAAGGGCCCUCGACUCUCUUCAGGCCUGCCACGGGUUUUUAUUGACAUGUGCUUGGUUUACAAAUGAACCUUCUUGUUCUAAUUUGCCUGUUUGUGGACUGACAUGAAUCAGAAGAACAUUUGUCAAUUAUAUAUAUAUAUAUAUACUGUAUAUCCCAAACUAAAUCUACGUCAUAAACAAUACUGGCGUUGAAAUCAAAGAAAAUACAUUACUGGACAUUGAAGACAUGUCGUACAAAUGUUCACCCAAUAAACAUAAAAGGAAGCUACCCAAAUGUGCAUUUGUUCUUACGUUUCCAUGUACAAUUCCAUUAUCGGACAAAUCAGUUCCCCUCUCAGUCCAUCAAGGUAAAAUAUAAAAAAUUUAAAAAAAUCCAAGCGCUGGAAAACAAUGAACUGCCUCAUCAAUUUAGACACUUAGUCAAUACAGCUCUUUAACAAAUGCUCUGAACAUGAGAGGUCACUGUAGACCGUCGCUUUAAUUACGGAGUGUGAUGCUGAUUUAUGUCGGUUGGCGCCCACCCCCUCGGGUUGUGCCGUGGCGGAGAUCUUCGUGGGCUAUACUCGGCCUUGUCUCAGGAUGGUAAAUUGGUGGUUGAAGAUAUCCCUCUAGUGGUGUGGGGUCUGUGCUUUGGCAAAGUGGGUGGGGUUAUAUCCUACCUGUUUGGCCCCGUCCGGGGGUAUCGUCGUACGGGGCCACAGUGUCUCCCGACCCCUAAUGUCUCAGCCUCCAGUAUUUAUGCUGCAGUAGUUUGUGUCGGGGGCUAGGGUCAGCCUGUUAUAUCUGGAGUAUUUCUCCUGUCUUAACUGAUGUCCUGUGUGAAUGUAAGUAUGCUCUCUCUAAUUCUCUCUCUUUCUUUUUCCCUCUUUCUUUCUCUCUCUCUUUGUUUCUUUCUCUCUCUCUGAGGGCCUGAGCCCUAGGACCAUGCGUCAGGACUACCUGGCCUGAUGACUCCUUGCUGUCCCCAGUCCACCUGGCCAUGCUGCUGCUCAAUUUUCAACUGUUCUGCCUGCGGCUACAUCCAGAAAAGGACUGGCCACCCCUCAUAGCCUGGUUCCUCUCUAGGUAUCUUCCUAGGUUUUAGCCUUCCUAGGGAGUUUUUCCGAGCCACUGUGCUUCUACACCUGCAUCGCUUGCUGUUUGUGGUUUUAGACUGGGUUUCUGUACAGCACUUUGACAUCAGCUGAAGUAAGAAGGGCUUUAUAAAUAAGUUUGAUUGAUUGAUUGAUGCAGCUGUGGGGAUGGGACAUACUGUAGUCCCUCUGUUCCCAGGUGGGGGUUGGGGGGGGUGGGGUAUUUGUCGGGCUCAUGGUUCCUAUCCUAGUGGCGGUCCCUUUGAUCCUUACAUUCUGGAAAAGAGCUCUCUGGUGCUGAUGAGGAAAGCUGAACAGAAGACUCGGGAGACGCUAUGGCUGACAGAGAGCACGGCGCGAAUCCGGCCUCGCUGACAUCUAACAUAACGUAAAAUGAGCCGUAAUUAAAACAGUCCAUAAUCAGCAGACCGCCCCACAGGCCAUAAUUAAAACGGCCAGCGAUGUUACGUCUCUGUUGCUGCAGUUACGGAGAGGGAUGGACAAUUAUCCACUGCUUUCAGAGCGUUUAUUUGAACAUCGCUCCCAAAGCAAGGUCAUGUCGGCUCUGCUUGAUGAUUUGGAAGAAAACGGACAUUAGCCAAUAGGUAUGUCUCAUGAAGCAAAUCCAAUAACCAGCGGUGAGAAGGAAAGUUUGUAAUGGAAUCACUUACCACAAUCCAAUAUAACGGUCUUUGCAUGGAUGAAAUGACGUUUGUUAUAUCUGCUCAGCGCUGAUCAGAUGAUAAGAGCUGAGAAGAGAAGAUGAUUAACUAAAUCUGACAGGAACGAUCAGGUUCCAGACACGGUCCAGACUCAAAUGGUUUUGGAACACAAUCGGCCGCCACAUUCUUUGUCGCCAAAAGGAGGGUUCAAUAAUCUUGCUAUGUGUGGAAUGGUGUUCAAUGAUUCACAUGAUAGCAUGCUGCUUGUCAAUAAAGCUCCCACCGUGCCCGUCGAUACUGUAGCAGGCUGAGUGGUUGGCAUUUUACUGGUGAGACCAGUUGUGUACGACGUGAAUGCUUGCUCUGAUUCUGAGCUGCUCACAGGGAAUAAACUCUUGAAAUGAGACGCACUGAAAAGCACAGAUUUAUCUGUCAUAUUGAAUUGGUUUCAUGAGGGCUGGGGACAGCCUGUUUACAGAAGGAAGCCCCCCCCCCUCUCUUAGAGAUAACGAUAAGGUACUUUCACAUAGCUAUAAAAAAAACUGUAAUUUCCAUUGUAAUUUCCUCUCUUUACCUCACUGAAUGACUAUUGGUCUGUCUUAGUGCCAGAGCCUUGUUGAACAUGAUGCCAAGGAAAGAUAUGCAGACAGUGCUCAUUUUGGAGAUUGUUCUUCAUUCUUCAGAAAUACAACUAAUUCAAGAUGGUAGACUAGGUCCUACUUCUCUAAAAGCCACGGGAGUGGUCCGGGUUUCUGCCUGCUCUGUUUGUUACGCUGCGCCCGGGAAACUACUCAUGAAUUAUGUAUGUUGCAAAAGUGAGUUUGUUUGUGAACACAACAUGUAAAUCUAGGAUCUUUAUAAAGGCAGUGCCUCAUUGAAAACCAAUUUUCUCUGUCUAAGGGUCCUUGAUAGAUCUCAUCAAAUUAUGGAAGAAUAUUAGAUUACCUAAACCCUUACUUCCAUGUGUACCAUUUGUGAAAGCAAUGUGCUAAAUUAUGCAUGAACUGUAGCAAUAUAAUGUUAUUUUAUAAUCUAUUAAUGCAGCUCUCUAGCACUCAAGCACAAAUGGCCUAGAUGAAUGGAGUUUUCAACCUGUGAUAGAUGUAAAAUGAUGCUAAUAAAUGAAUAUGUGACUAACCCUUUCUGGGCUACGCAGAAGUAAAAUGA